AUGCCGGAUCCAGUUUUUGGCGUGGGUGCGCCGCCAUCUUUCAAUCACAAAGCGUCGGAUUUUUUUGCCUUCAAAGAAAGGCUCCUCCAAUUUUUCGUGGCGAACGGGAUUACCGAUCAAGAUAGGAAAAGAGCUAUCCUCAUUGGCUGUGUAGACGAGGAAACGUACGUCUUGGUGAGGAAUAUCUGUUUCCCCGAAAAACCGAUGGAGAAGUCGUUCGAAAAUUUGCUUCGAACGAUUCAAGAGCAUUUGAGCCCGGUGCGAUCUUACUUUGCGGCGAGAAGCAAAUUCUUUUCAGCAAGAAGAUACCCAGAGGAAUCAGUGUCUGCAUGGGCCACUCGGGUGAAGAGCUUGGCAGCGUCGUGUGGAUUUGGUGCAGAGCUAGAGGUACUGAUGCGCGACAUUUUCGUUAUUGGCAUGAACAAUAAUCAGAUAAUGGAGAGGCUGUUCGAGCACGAUCCAACAAAGGGGAAUGUCACUUUCAAGUCGAUGUUCAAAUUAGCAUUGGCCAAGGAAUCGUCAGUACAGGAGCACCAGGACAGAGAGUCUAGGUCGAGUGUGAAAAAAGAACCGGAGGAAAAAGUAUACUAUCAACGGCAAGGUCAAAUAAAGAAUCGGCACCAAGGUACUGAGAAGGAGACAAAUGUAAGUACUGUGCUGAAGUGUAAAGUGUGUGGCCGGAAAAAUCAUAAGGCAAACGAGUGUAAAUUCCGUAAUUAUAAGUGUUUCAAAUGUGGGUUAAAGGGUCAUUUAGCGCCGGCGUGUACAGCGCGGCAAGGUCAUCAUUUUCUGGAAGAUGCUGAGUCGUCGUCUACAGCAACCAAGGAAGAUUUGGAAAGCGACUCGAUUUUUAUGUUAAAUGCGGUUGAGACGGUCAAUGAUUGUAAUGUUAAACCUACGUAUAUUAACAUGACUGUAGAGCAGGUACCGUUAAGUUUUGAAGCGGAUUCUGGAUUCGCCCACUCCGCAAUUUCUGAGAAACUCUAUUUGAAACAUUUUAUAAAUUGUACAUUGCAUGAAAAUGAUUUGUGUCUCAAAGACUAUGUUGGUGUAAUGUUCAAACCAUUAGGGUAUUUAUGGUUAAAUGUGGCUUAUGAUAAUAAGAUGUAUCAACUAAAAACUUACGUUAUCAGAGACGGAGGCCCUCCGUUGUUAGGUAGGAAUGGUUUAUCAAUGUUACAUUUAGGAAUUGCUGAUGAAAAUGAUAAUAUAGAAACGGUGAAUUCGGUCGACAACUUAUGUAAACGUUAUGCGGAGAUUUUUGAAAAUAAAUUAGGGAGAUUUAACAAAACGAAAAUAACUUUGCAUGUUAAGGAUAAUGUAGUUCCGAAAUAUUUUAAACCGAGGCCGGUCCCGUUUGCCUUGAAGGAAAAGGUUGAACAAGAAAUUCAUAGGUUGGUGGCUAAUAAAAUUUUAGUGCCUGUAGAAAUUUCAGAUUGGGGUACUCCAAUUGUACCUGUUCUUAAGGCAAACGGAACUGACGUUCGUAUUUGUGGAGACUUCAAAGUCACUUUAAAUCCUUAUUUAAUUGAAACAAAAUAUCCAUUACCAAGAAUUGAAUAUCUUUUUUCUCAGCUUCAGGGUGGUGUAAAAUUCUCCAAGAUAGAUUUGUCGGAAGCCUAUCAACAGAUUGAGGUAACAGAAGAGACCAGGAAACUUUUAACAAUAUCUACACACAAAGGUCUGUAUGCAUACACGCGAUUACCGUACGGUAUUACCAGUGCACCAGCAAUUUUUCAGAAUAUUAUAGAAAAAUAUUUAUCAAAUGUCCCGGGUGUCGGUUGCUUCUUGGAUGAUAUAAUAAUUACGGGUAAAGACGAUAAAGAACACUUGGAGCGGUUGGAACAUGUUUUUAAAAAAUUAAAAGAUUGCGGAUUACAAGUAUCCUCUAAUAAAUGUUCUUUCCUUCAAUCAUCAGUGAAUUAUCUGGGCCAUACGAUUGAUAAAAAUGGGUUGCAUACUAAUAAAGACUAUGUUCAGGCAAUCUUAAAAGUACCACGUCCCGAUUCAGUGACUAAACUAAAAUCUUUCUUAGGGAUGGUGAAUUUUUAUUCGAAAUUUCUUCCAAAUGCGUCAACCUUGUUAAAACCACUAUAUAGUUUAUUGAAAAAAGAAACCACUUGGAGUUGGUCAACAGAAUGUGACGCAUCGUUCAAUAAGGUGAAGGAGAUUCUUACUUCCCCUGACGUCUUGGCACAUUACGAUCCUGAGCGCGAAGUUACUUUGACCGUAGAUGCGUCGCAGGUAGGAUUAGCUGCGGUUAUUACUCAUGAGUUUGAUAACGGAGUAGUACGACCUAUUGCUUUCGCGUCGCGAUUGUUGAAUUCCGCGGAAUUAAAAUAUUCCCAAAUUGAAAAAGAAGCGUGUGCUAUAAUUUAUGGAGUAAAGAAAUUUUUUCAAUAUUUGUAUGCACGGAAGUUUACCCUGCAAACUGAUCAUAAACCGUUAUUGACGAUCUUUGGUCCUAAAAAAGGCAUACCGGUAUUUGCAGCGAAUCGACUACAACGUUGGUGUCACAUUUUAUUAGCGUUCGACUAUGAAAUUAAAUAUGUAACGUCUAAGCAAAACAUAGCGGAUUUUUUUUCCCGUUUUCCAGUAAAUCCCCCGGUACUUAAACCGGAUGAAAAUAUCUCGUUUUUAAAUCACGUGGGAAAUGUUAAUAAGCUGCCAAUCGAUUUUAAACAAAUUAAAUCUGAAACGGCUAAAGAUCCGAUUAUGAGCAAGAUUUUAUUUUACGUUAUAAACGGGUGGCCACGUAAAAUCGAUGAUGUCCGUUUACAACCAUUUUUUCUAAAAAGAAACGAAAUUUCCCAGGAACAGGGAUGUUUACUCUGGGGUUACCGUCUUAUUGUACCACCAAAAUUUAGGGACACACUUUUGAAUGAACUUCAUGAAUUUCACAUUGGCAUUGUUAAAAUGAAGUCUCUGGCACGGUCAUAUAUGUGGUGGCCGUUAAUAAAUGAACAAAUUGAGCAUCUAGCUAAAAGUUGUAGAACUUGUGGCAGCUUAGCCCCGAUACCAGAAAAAUCAACGUUACGACCUUGGGUCUGUCCUAAGGAAGUCUGGACUAGGUUACACGUCGACCAUUUUGGGCCGAUUAAAAACAAAUAUUUUUUCUUAAUUGAGGAUGCUACCUCUAAAUGGAUAGAGUGUUUCGUUGUAAAUAGUCUAGCUACAACACAGGUCAUUAGAUGUUUUCGCGCUGUUUUCGCACGUUUUGGGUUGCCCAAAGUAAUAUGUUCUGAUAAUGGUACAGCGUUUAAAUCAGAGGAAUGUGAGAACUAUCUAAAAUUGUAUGGCAUAAAACAUGUUACUGGCGCUCCCUUUCAUCCAGCAAGCAACGGACAGGCGGAGAGCGGUGUAAAAAUUAUGAAAAAGGUUAUCACGAAGGCACUGUACGAGGUCGCGAGCGUGGAUAUCGACCUUUUGAUACAAAGAUUUUUGUUUCAAUAUCGUAACACCCCCCAUACGACGACUGGGGAAGCUCCCGCAACUCUGUUAAUAGGCCGUCGGCUACGUACUAGAUUGGAUCUACUCUUACCUUCAGUUACAAAUGUUGUCCAUGAAAAACAGGAUAAACAACAAAAAUUUUUUAAGGGCAACAGAGAUCAUCAAUUUAAAGUUAACGAUUCAGUCUGGGUUCGGGAUUAUCGAAAUAAUCGAAAUACUUGGACAGCUGGCAUAAUAAAAAAGGUUUUAGGCUGUCGCACCUAUUUGAUAACAUUACAAGAUGGUGGAGCAGAAGUUAAAAGACACUUGAACCAAAUCAAAGUUAGGAUUUCCUCUUUAACUUUUACUCCACGAUCUGAACUAGUUAGUGCGCGUCCUGCGACCCCUACUCCUGUGAGUCCACCUCGGGUCCUAAGGCGGAGAAGUCACAUUAGACCUCCCGAGCGACUUACCUAUAGAUAG